UUCAUAAAGCUUCAUUUGAGCCAAACGUUCACAGAGAGGAAAUAACACUCAGAGAGAUGUUAAACCCAGUAAAUUCACAUAAUCUUAUAUUUUUUGUGAACGGAAGGAAGAUUGUUGAGGAAAAUGGAGAUCCUGAGGAGUUGCUCCUACCCUACUUAAGGAAGAAACUUCUUCUCACAGGAACAAAAUAUGGAUGUGGAGGUGGAGCAUGUGGUGCUUGUACAGUAAUGGUUUCAACCAUCCAUCCUGUCUCAAAGAAGAUCCUACAUUUCUCAGCCAAUGCCUGCCUACUGCCAAUAUGCUCUCUGCAUGGUGCAGCUGUCACAACCAUCGAGGGCAUUGGAAGCACAACAACCAAGUUACAUCCUGUGCAGGAGAGAAUAGCUAAAGCCCACGGUUCUCAGUGUGGUUUCUGUACUCCUGGGAUGGUGAUGUCUGUAUAUAGCUUACUAAGGAACCAUCCAGAACCCACCAUGGCACAGAUAUAUGAAAGCCUAGGAGGUAAUCUCUGUCGCUGUACUGGAUACAGGCCAAUAGUGGAUGGAUGCCGAACUUUCUGUAAUAAAUCUGAUUGUUGCCAAGCCAAAGACAAUGGGCCGUGUGUUGUGAAUGGGGCGGAAAAGAUUUCUACUUCUGAUGCAGUAGAUAAUAUUCUCACAGGUUUGUUCAAAGAAGAACAUUUUUUACCACUUGAUCCAACACAGGAAUUAAUAUUUCCCCCUGAAUUACUGUUAAUGGAUAAAGAAAAAAAAGAAAAACUCAUUUUCCAAGGGGGCCGUAUGACUUGGAUAUCACCUUCCAGUCUCCAAGAACUUCUGCAGCUGAAAGCAAUGUAUCCAAAGGCCCCACUUGUUGUCGGAAACACCAUCGUGGGUCCUGAAAUGAAGUUCAGAGGAAUUUUUCAUCCUGUUAUAAUUUCCCCUACAAGAAUACUGGAGCUCAAUUUAGUGAUUCAUAAGGAUGAUGGAAUAACAAUAGGGGCAGCUUGCAGCCUGACAGUGUUGAAAGAAGCUCUAAAGGAAAUUGUCUCCCAACAGCCAGAGGAAAAUACCAAAUUAUUUCAUGUCCUUCUAAAGCAACUUGAAACACUUGGAGGGCCACAGAUAAGGAACACAGCAUCUCUAGGAGGAAAUAUCAUAAGCCGUUCUCCGACAUCUGAUCUAAACCCAAUUCUGGCUGCAGGCAACUGCAUUCUAUCUGUGGCAGCAAUAGAUGGAACUCGACAGAUUCCUUUGGAUGAGGAAUUUUUUGCUCAAUCGUUGAAGGCUGAAGAGAUUCUAGUAUCUGUUCAUAUACCUUAUUCCAAGAAGGGGGAUCAUAUAUCCGUAUUCAGACAGGCCCAGAGACGUGAGAAUGCAUUGCCUAUUGUCACUGCUGGAAUGAAAGUUCAGUUUGAAGACAACUCUGACAUCAUUAAAGUUAUUCGUAUCUUCUAUGGCGGUGUUGGGCCAACCACAGUUUAUGCAAAGGCCACAUGUCAGGCUCUGAUAGGAAAGCACUGGGAUGAUCACAUGCUAAGUGAAGCCUGCCGACUCAUGGUGAAUGAGAUUACCCUCUCUCCUUCAGCCCCAGGCGGGAUGGUCGAAUACCGCAGGACUCUGACUGUCAGCUUUUUUUUCAAAUUCUACCUUGAGGUGUUACAAAGACUAAACCGCAUGGGCACCCGUUAUUCAGACAUCAGUGCUCUUAACAGUUUUGAAACAUUAUGCAAUGAAAAUGUCCAGAUGUACCAGGAUGUAUCUUCAUGUCAGUCAACGCAAGAUCCCACUGGACGGCCUAUCAUGCAUUAUUCUGGGAUAAAACAUGCGACUGGCGAGGCUGUGUACUGCGAUGACAUGCCCUGUGUAGAUGGGGAACUGUUUUUGCAUUUUGUCACCAGCACAAGGGCUCAUGCAAAAAUUGUGUCACUGGAUUUCUCUGAAGCCUUGGCCCAGCCCGGAGUGGUAGAUGUUAUAACAGCAGACGAUUGUCCAGGUGCAUGCAAAUCGAUGUUUGAAGAAGUGGCGGCGCCCUUACUGGCAAAAGAACAGGCACUUUGUGUGGGUCAGCUGAUCUGUGCAGUUUUGGCUGAUACUCCUGCGCGAGCUAAAAAGGCAGCUGCUGCAGUUAAAGUGGUGUAUGAGAAUCUGGAGCCAGUCAUUGUAACCAUUCAGGAAGCCAUUGAACACAAUUCAUUCUUUAAGCCACAAAGAAAGCUGGAGAAUGGAAAUGUGGAAGAAGCAUUUAAAUCUGCCGAUCAAGUACAUGAAGGUGAAAUUUACAUUGGAGGACAGGAGCAUUUCUAUAUGGAGACCCAGAGUAUUCGUGUUUUGCCUAAGGGAGAGGACAAAGAGAUGGACGUGUAUGUGUCUACGCAGGAUCCAACCUAUAUUCAGAAUCUUAUAGCAACAAUACUGAACGUGCCCUCAAACAGGAUAACGUGCCAUGUGAAAAGGGUUGGAGGAGCUUUCGGAGGCAAAACCACAAAGACAGCAAACAUUGCAGGAAUCAUUGCUGUAGCAGCAAACAAGGUGCGGCGGGCUGUUCGGUGUGUUUUGGAGCGUGGAGAUGAUAUGUUAAUAACAGGAGGCAGACAUCCCUUCCUUGGGAAAUAUAAAGUGGGAUUCAUGAACGACGGGCAGAUUACAGCAGUGGAUGUGUCUUACUUCAGUAAUGCUGGGUGUACCCCUGAUGACUCUGUUCUUGUUGUAGAGAUUGCACUGAUGUCCAUGGAUAGUGCCUACAGGCUGCCCAAUGUGCGAUGUACUGGGACUGCCUGCAAGACAAACCUCCCCUCAAACACUGCCUUUCGAGGAUUUGGGUACCCACAGGCUGCCUUUGUCACAGAAACAUGGAUCAGCGAAGUGGCUUUGAAGUGUGGAAUUCCACCUGAAAAGGUCAGGGAAAUGAAUCUUCAUAAGAAUAUCAGCCAAACUCAUUUCAGGCAAGAUAUACUAUCCAGGACUCUGGAAAUGUGUUGGAACGAAUGCAUGGAGAAGUCUUCCUACAACAACAGAAGACUGGCUAUCGAGAAUUUUAAUAAAAAUAAUUAUUGGAAGAAAAAGGGCCUUGCCAUUAUUCCUAUGAAAUUUCCUAUCGGAGCUCCAGUAAAGUUCUUUGGGCAGGCCGCAGCUCUUGUCCAUAUCUACUUGGAUGGAUCAGUGCUGGUGACCCAUGGUGGAAUAGAGAUGGGGCAAGGAGUUCAUACAAAGAUUAUGCAGAUUGCCAGCCGUGAGUUGGGCAUCCCUCUAUCAUACAUACAUGUCUGUGAGACCAACACAAGUUCUGUCCCAAACACUCAGGUGUCUGGAGGCUCCCUAGGGACAGAUGUCAACGGCAUGGCGGUGAAGAAUGCAUGUGAAAUCCUCACGGAACGCCUUCUGCCAAUAAAAACUUGCAACUCUAAAGGUUCCUGGAAGGACUGGGUAAAUGAAGCCUAUAUGCAGUCAAUCAGCCUCUCAGCUACAGGAUUCUGCAGGUCCUUUGAAAGAGAAUUAAAUUGGGAGACAGGAGAGGGCAACCCAAUCCACUACUGUGUGUAUGGAGUUGCUUGCUCUGAGGUAGAAAUUGACUGUCUCACUGGAGAUCACAAGAACCUCAGGACAGACAUCGUUAUAGAUUUUGGAUGCAGCAUCAACCCAGCUGUGGAUAUUGGACAGAUUGAAGGUGCAUUUGUGCAAGGUCUUGGACUAUUUACAAUGGAAGAGCUCAAGUUUUCUCCAAAUGGAGUGCUCUACACCCGUGGCCCAGCUCAAUAUAAAAUCCCUUCUGUUCGUGACAUCCCUGAACAAUUUAAUGUGUCGCUGCUGCCCAAUGUUCCCAACAGCUAUGCCAUAUACUCUUCAAAGGGAGUUGGAGAGCCAGCUUUGUUUUUGGGGUCCUCUAUCUACUUUGCUAUAAAGGAUGCAGUGUUAUCGGCCCGAAGAGAAAGAGGGAUGUCUGAGCUCUUUACAUUGAACAGCCCAGCAACUACAGAGAAGAUAAGAAUGGCUUGUGGGGACCAGUUCACAGACAUGAUCCCACGGAAUGUCCCUGGCUCAUUUGUGCCCUGGGCUGCUGAUGUAUAAUCGGAACAUGUGCCUUUAUAUCAAUACAAUCAGCAAAAUGCAGUCUUUCUCACUAUUACCAAAAUACAUAUACAAUGCCUAUUUACAUCUGCUAAAAUAUUUCAUAUAGUUUGAAAGUGUAUUAAUGUUAACUAGCUGAGGCUUUGUAAGUCAACAUUUUCUUCACAUUUUAAAUUGUAACUAUCAAUUUACUGUAAUCUGUUUAGUGUGGUUAUGUAGAGUCUCCUCUGUCUGUUUUAAACCAUUUCUGCUCAACUACAAAAGAAAUACUUGAGAGUAUAAGUUUUAUUUAAGGGCAUAUUGGCAUCCAGUGUGAACAUGGGCUUGCUGGUUUGCCAGUUUUAUGAGUUAUUUAGAUAUACCUCUCAACUAUCCCAUUUUUUUUUUUUAGUCCUGAUUUUGACAGCUCAACCCACAGUCCCGGAUUGUUAGUGAAAUGUCCUGAAUUUCUCUUUGAUCUCCUGCACCGAACAACCAGACAAGCUUUUGGCAGAGAGCCCAGAAUAUGUGGCAGUUGUAUUUAGAUACAUUUGUAACUAUUUAAGAUAAGCAGGUCUCUUGUGAGAACUGAGACUCACAGCUUAAAGGGCACCUGUUGCCAAAAAAUAUCUCCAAACAAAGGUGCAGGCUAAUAUAGCUUGGAUUCCAGUUGGGGGUAACAGUAGUUUUUUUGUUUAAAUCACCCCCAGCCAGCACUAGGCCACCUUCACCUGAAGGGAGCUCACAAAUGAGAAUUAUGAGUGAAUGUCGCAAAUUGCUCAUUAUGCGCAUGUGAGUGACCUCAGAAGCGCAUUAUGCACAUGCGCUAUGUGCCCGGUGGGCCAGUCCGACACUACCUGAAGGCCAAUGGAGGGAUUAUUUGAAAUUUGAGAUCCCUCAUUUUUCACACUAAAUUAGAACAUUAAAAAAUCACAAAUUAAAGAAAAAGUACACAUUUCAUGCAAGUAAAUAAUAUAAGCCUCAUAUACGACCAAAAGUGCAGACUACAAAAAUGGAAGUAAAUUCAUGCACAUAUUGAUGCUAUUCAUAAAAGAUACUUGCACCAAAACCAGUUCCUUGUACGUAACAACUUGAAUUACCACUGUCCUGGACCUGGAGGUAGUUCCAAGGUUCCCACAGCAGGUUAUAUCAAUAGCCGACAAACAAAUUUCACGCUAAUGCCACACGCACAUGUCACCGUGCACCGGGCAAUCAACACGUAGGCCAGGGAGUGCGAGAGGAGCUUCUAUCUGAACACACAAUGAUGUGCCAGAAGUUAUACCAGCAUCACACUGACAAUGCUAGCCUGCAUUCUAUGCCACAAUACCUUUUAGAUAUACGCUAAAUCCAGAAUGAGAUGCCAGGAUUAUUAUAUAUCUAUCACCUGUAUCCUUAACUUUCAGCUGAAUUCAAUAAAAUAUGAAUAUACUAAUUGUGA